UCCCUGCUCGUCUGAAGACUCUUACUUAACGUCCGGCUUUGCGUUUUUUUUUUCUGCAGUUUUUUCUAUCGCUGCAUAUCUUUGACGUGCAGCCACAGGUUGACCGAUUUAAUCGCGUCCCUGUGGAUUAUUGCUCUUCAUCUCGAAACGAUUGUCACUGACGAAAUCGAAAUGGGCCCCGUCAAAAGAUGCCCGAUGAUCGAGAAACAAACAAACUGAUCCCGUCAAGUGCAGCGGAGACGGAGGCAACGUCUGUGCCGAGCGACGCACAAUUUAGCGACACAAGCGAGGGACCUGUGGAGGGACCUAUAUGAAAGGAGGCCAAGCAAAAAGAUGACGGGAUGGCCGUGACAACAUGAAAAAGAAAAAGUGUUGUGGUCUAUUUUCAUCCAGCCGGUGAUUCAACACAAUUAACCUGGGGGACAGGGACUGAGAGAGGAAAGAAGACAGGUGCGUGGCCACAUCCGUGACCAUGGAGCCUCCCCCCUCUCUGAGCUUGGCUCUGCUCGGAGGGAGUGAGGAUGAGGACCAGCGCUUCCUCCUUCCCCUGGGUAGUAUAUCCCAUCCCUCCACCACAGGCAACCAGCCAGGAUCAAACCACUCCAACCACAUGGGAGGAUCAAGCCUCGAUCGUCUAAAUGGCAGCACCCCGUCCCCGUCCACUGCCACGCCCAAUUUACUUCCAACAUCACUCCCCAUGUCAUCCUCUGGAUCCCAGCCUCUACCCCCACCCAUCCCCAAUGCCCUGCAUCCCACUAGCACCCCACUUUCCUCCUGCCUGGGCUCACAGCUCAGCCUCAGCGGAGACAACCCCCCGGUGUACAACGCCCUCUUUUACUCCUCCCAUUCGCCCUCCAUGGAGCGGGACUGUGACAGAGAGAGGGGCUGCAAACAAAGACAGGCCAGCCCUCUGGUUCACCGUAGGGACAGUAACCCCUUCACGGAGAUCGCCAUGAGCUCCUGUAAGUACACAGGCGGGGUCAUGAAGCCCCUGAGCUGCCUCAGUGCCUCCCGCAGAAACCUCUCGAAUCAGACAGCAACAGCGAAACCAAAGAGGGUGGCGUUUCAGCUGUUGCCGGGGCAACUGGGGGGCAUGACCGACAGCGUGAAGCCCCACCCACCUCUGGUGACCCAGUCCUCUGCCAAUCAGCCCCUAAUUCAGAGCCCCCCAGAGAUUGUGAUUUCCUCCAGAGAAGACUCGCCGUACCCCACAGCAGGGUAUGACAUCACUGACUCCACUUCCAACCAGAUGUCCAUCUAUCACCAGAACCACGCAUUGGUGGAGAGCAGGCGGGCGACCUCGGUGAGGGGCAGCAGGCAGUCAGGGAUCGGGGCAGUGGGGUCCGAGGCCAGAAGCAACACUUCCAAGGCCUACAAACGGAGGAACCAAAACAUUGGCUACAAACUGGGGUAUCGCAGAGCACUGUUCGAGAAGAGGAAGAGGCUGAGUGACUAUGCCCUCAUCUUCGGGAUGUUUGGCAUCGUCGUCAUGGUGAUUGAGACGGAGCUGUCGUGGGGCGUGUACACCAAGAGCUCGAUGUAUUCUCUGGCCCUGAAGUGUCUGAUCAGCCUGUCCACAGUCAUUCUGCUGGGCCUCAUCAUCGCCUACCAUGCUCGGGAAGUUCAGCUGUUUAGCAUCGAUAACGGAGCUGACGACUGGCGCAUCGCCAUGACGAUGGAGCGGGUGCUGCUGAUCAGUCUGGAGCUGCUGGUGUCUGCGGUGCAUCCAGUGCCAGGGGACUUUAAGUUCCAUUGGCGGGCGCGGCUCGCCUUCUCGUACGCGACGUCGCAUGCCGAGGCCGACCUGGACAUGGUGCUGAGCGUGCCCAUGUUCUUGCGCCUCUACCUCAUCGCCAGAGUGAUGCUCCUGCACAGCAAACUCUUCACAGACGCCUCCUCCAGGAGCAUAGGGGCCCUAAAUAAGGUGCAUUUUAACACACGGUUUGUAAUGAAAACCCUCAUGACCAUCUGCCCCGGGACAGUGCUGCUGGUCUUCAGCAUCUCUCUGUGGAUCAUCGCUGCCUGGACCGUACGGGUGUGCGAGAGGUAUCACGAUACCCAGGAUGUGACCAGUAACUUCCUGGGAGCCAUGUGGCUUAUCUCCAUCACUUUCUUGUCCAUCGGCUACGGAGACAUGGUUCCUCACACCUACUGUGGCAAAGGAGUCUGUCUGCUCACCGGGAUCAUGGGUGCAGGCUGUACGGCGCUGGUGGUUGCCGUGGUAGCCAGGAAGCUGGAGCUGACCAAGGCCGAAAAACACGUACACAACUUCAUGAUGGACACGCAGCUGACCAAGAGGAUAAAGAACUCAGCGGCUAACGUGCUGAGAGAAACCUGGCUCAUCUACAAGCACACCAAGCUGGCCAACAAGAUCGACCACUGCAGAGUCCGCAAACACCAGCGGAAGUUCCUCCAAGCUAUACAUCAAUUACGCGGUGUGAAAAUGGAGCAGAGGAAACUCAGUGAUCAGGCCAACACACUCGUGGACCUCUCAAAGAUGCAGAGCGUCAUGUACGAGCUCAUGUCAGAGCUCAACGACCGCAGCGAGGACUUGGAGCGUCAGAUGCUGUCCCUGGAGCAGAGGGUGGAGCAGCUCACCGCCGGCUUCAACACCCUGCCCGCCCACCUCUCCGCCACUCUCAGCGCCCAGCACGCCGCCCUGGUCCACUUGCUGAGAGAGAGGGAUUCGAGGGACGGGAGAGGAGGAGGUGCUGUGGUCCCCAUCUCCCCGGUGGUGUCUUUAGCCGCUGAACCUGCUUCAGUCUCCUCAGUCCAGGUCGCGUCUCCAGCGCCGCCUCCAUCCCCGGCCUUGGAGGUCCCUCUGUCGCCCCCACCUCUGAGCCCAGAGGGGAGCCUGGAGGCUAGUCCCAACAGCAACACCUGCCCUUCCAGCAGCUGAAGACAGCUCUGAGGACCAGGAGAGGACCAAUAUGGAAAGAACAUGGGGAGGGGAGAGGAGAGAAGUGUGAGGUGAUCCUCCGAAACUACAAUCCAUGAGGGGGGAUGAGGAGGGGACUGUGGGGAGAAAUAAUAGGAUUAAGAUGGAGGGCCAGUAUGAACGAUGAGACAUGUUAAGGACUUUGGGGCGCUUUUCUUGACAAGGGGAAGAGAAGAAAAAUGGAGACUCUAAAAGGUGUGAGGGGGAGGAAGAAUGUCAAGAGUGUGAGAAAUGGAGGUAGAAGGGAUGAGGAGGGGGAAGGAGAGGAGGAGAAAUAAUGAGGAAUAAUUAGAUAAACUCAGAGCUCCUAAAUGGUUAAGACUCCAAUUACUGAAAAGGGCCUUUUAUUCUCUCUCUCUCUCUCUCUCUCUCUCGCCUUUCUCCUUCUCUCUCGCCGUCCUCCCAAUCUCUCUCUCUCCCCCCUAUCUCUCCCUAUCCAUUCUACCAAUCUCUCUCUCUCCUUUCUACCGAUCUCUCUCUCUCUCUCUCUCUCUAUACUUUCACCCGAUUUCUCUCUCCCUUCAUCAGGAAUUAAUGACCAUGACUUUUUAUCCUUAUGAUGUAUUUUCUAUCUGAAUGCUAAUUGUGUGUUAACGAGCAUCCCUUUAACAGAAGGUUCAAUCAAUAUGACCAAGAUAUAUUAAAGAAAAAUAGUGGCAUGUACUGCACACACACUUACACGCAACUUAUAUUGAUGCAGCAUCCACGCAAUACGAGUUAACCCAGCACAAACAUAAAUACACAAUCGUUUACAAUGCAGGCCCUCUUUACACUCACACAAAAAGUGUGUGUAGUAGCUCACACGAUGAUACUGAAGCCUAUACUGCCAAGCACUCGAUGCACUGCCAAGCAAUGUUGACUCGCUGUAAGUUCAUCCAACCGACUUCUCUCUUGUGGGUGUGGCCUAAUGCGUAGUUUGACAUGUUAACGUCUCAGUUUGGAGAAUUGUCCCUGUUCACUGUACGACACACGUUACAGAUGAAGCUGAAGUAAAUCGGUCUGACGCCGGGGCACACGAGUCAUCACAACGUCUGUUUGUGACCGAGAUGAGAAGAUAACACGACGACAGCAGGACUUUUUUACGACUGCAUUCAUUGAAUAACAGGCUGGGUUGAACCGAUGUGUACUUCUGGGUUUGCUGUACCGAAAUUAGACUUUGAGUCUCAUGAUGGGAGUUUUAUUCUAUUUUACUUAUGUUUAUGGUUAAAAAAAAGUUGUAUCAAGUGCAUUAAUACUGAAAUGAUUGUUCGGAGAAAGAAUAGAUUACAAAACAAAUAUUUUAACUGUCAUUACAAUCUGGGUGAUUAACACAAGACAGAGCGGAGACAUAAUGUUCAGGUAAAAUACCAGUUGAAACAUUCUCCAUCAACAACAAAUGCUUCUUAUCUCAUUGGAGUCAGAUGACUGGUAUGCUGUAGUAUCUAUUGUUUUGCUUUAAUUCUCUGAUAAAUAGUUAUACUUAAAAUGACUAAAAUGUAGAUUUUUACAUUGGUAAUUCAAUUGAAUUUAAAGUCCAACACUUGUUUAGCUAUGUGAUUAUAAGUUGGUGUGAUUAAUAUUGGUUCACAGUGUACAGUUGUGUCCAUCACUCUUUAUGAAGGGAAGAAGACUCACUGCCAUCCUUUUUUAAGCGUGCAGCCCCACACACACUGUUAUCAGGAAUGUAUUCUGUGUGAAGAAACACACUCAAACCCACGUCCUUGCUCCAUCACUUAAACUGCCAUGCAGACACAGGAACAGACACCGACACACACGGACACGCGGAUAUACACACACCUCGACAACCAAAGUGCUCUCUCUUAAAUGGACUUUAAUCGGAGGCAGGGAACGCUGCUGUCACUGGGGACAAAAGAUAGCCGGCUGCGUUGCAGAUAUCUUAACAAUACUUCUGAGGGAAUAACUGUGAAAAUCCGGGUAUGGACUUGUUACAGUGCUGUACAUGGACUGCUCUUCACUGAUUAAAAAGGUGGACGAUGGAUGAACACAAAUAAACCUAAUAAAGGAUUGAUGGCCAUGAAGGAAGAGCUGUUUAUAACAAAAAUAAAACAUAGGAAGAAAUACUUUGGUAUAUUUGAGAGCAAUUAUAAUGGUGUAAUGGGAACGAGACAAGCCUACCCAUUGGAGACAAUAGCGAAAACUGUCUCAUAGCGACACCCUGUGGCCAGAAUACUGAAUUACAUAUGCUUGGAAUAUUGUCUAGUAUGCUGUUAACGAAAUCUAGCUUUGUAUUGCUUAGUCUUUUCUACCAUUAGGAUUAAACACAGUUAUAGCUGAUAUCUCCUAUUACUAAACUAUAGUAUUCUUCUCAUUCGUCAUGAUAAUUAUGAUUUAUGUAUUCACAAUAUGUUAAAUAAUUUUGAACAAGGAAAGUGCCGUUUGAGGUUGAAAUUAUUUUGUAAUUUUUAUUUUAUUAGAGAGAAUUAAUAAACUAUAUAUAUAUAACAUUACAGCUUCCACGUUUUCUGUGUUGCUAUUGUUUUUCUGUUUUUGUCAGUGCGAUGAGGUUGCUAGUGCGAUGCUUUUGAAAAAUAAAAACACCUUAUUCGACGAAUUCACGCUGUA